AUGGCCAAGAAGAAAACGACAAAGUUGAAAUCACUUUCCCAAGGAAGACCACCGACUAUCAAGCUUCAAAAACAAUCAAUAUCCAGAAAAGCAACCAGGACUCUCAUCCGUGCACACCACACCCUGGAAAAGCAGAAAGCAAAAGCCCUUGCUGAUGGAGAUGAUAUCAAAGCUGCAAUCAUCACGAAGCAAAUCGAGCAACAAGGCGGUAUUGAAAGCUACCAACGAGCAAGUCUCACGGGCCAGACUAAUGAGCGAGGCGGAGACUCCUCCAAGACUCUCAUGGAAUGGCUUGAGCCUGCUGUGCCAGCGUUGAAAGGGCUGGCGACCAAGGGAGAGACUGCUAGGUUGCUGGAAGUUGGAGCUUUGAGUAUCAGUAAUGCUUGCUCGAAGUCACGUUUAUUUGAUGUGGAAAGGAUAGACUUGAACAGCCAGGCAGAGGGUAUCAAGCAGCAGAAUUUCAUGGAGCGACCUCUUCCUCUUGAUGGGAAAGAACAAUUUGAUAUCAUCAGUCUCUCUUUGGUUCUCAACUUUGUCCCGGAUGCGGUUGGAAGAGGGAAAAUGCUUCUGAGGACUCUCCAAUUUCUCAAAGUUGCAUCAGCCUCGGAAGGGCUGGCCAGCUUCUUACCCAGUCUCUUCCUUGUCUUACCGGCCUCUUGUGUUACGAAUUCAAGAUACCUGGAUGAGGCGAAGCUGGAGAGCAUUAUGCGAAGCCUUGGUUAUGUGGAGGUCAAGAAAAAGCUAUCCAAUAAACUCGUCUAUUACUUGUGGCGAAAGGAUGCUCCCAAGCCGCAUCGGACGAUUCCGUUCAAAAAAGAGGAACUGCGGUCAGGAGGUUCGAGGAACAACUUCGCUAUUGUGCUGAAGUGA